UCAGUUGUGCGUCCCUCCAGUCUCUGGUUAGUCUAGCGUGCGUACGACACUUUCGGCAAAAUCAUCUCAAUCCAUUCCGGGCACCGUAGAGAAAGGUGAAACAUCCUUCGGAUCCCAAUAAUAACUACCAACCUUCGGCCGUAUCGCAGUGAGUUUCAUUGUUUCUACGAAACCACGAGUAAAACGACGAGGUGAAGCCCUUUUUGCAGCAUCCUACGACGGGGUAGCGAAAGUGUGGGCAAAUUGCAUCCGUUCAGUGUGCAUCUUCAGCAGGCGGUGCAGUGUUCUCCGAGGUGUAGCGGAAUUUCAGUACGAUUCAAUACAGGCAGUGCAUUUGUGAAUUGUGUUCGUGAAUAUUGUUGCCCGCAGUGUAGCGAAAUAGUGUGGCAUUUUGUGUACUGAAUAUUUUAGCAAAUCAACAAAAAAAAAAAGCAAUCGCCCAGCGGCCCAGUGAUCAUCCACAGCAAAAUCCAGCCGCAUCGUCUGUCUGUGCAUCUGUAUUGCUACGACCGGUGUCCAUCUUAGUUUGAUUGGCCAUCUUGCAGGAUAACGCAUUUGGAAGAGACUUAUCAAUCCUAAAGGGUGCCAUCUACACACUCUCUCUCCUACACACAAACACACUAGCGUCAAGAUGACUGAAACCACCGAAGCCCCAGUCGUUGCGCCGACCGCCGAAACCAAGACACCGUCGCCCACGACCGAGACGGCCGUCGUCACGCCGGCGGAGAACGGGCACGCCGAGGGCGGCGACGCGAAGGUGGCCGCUGGCGAGACCGCCACCGGCGACGAACAGUCCGCGGCCGCCACCAACGGCGGCACGACGCCGGACGAGAAGGCCAAGGCCGAGGAGAAGAAGGAGGACCCACCGAAGGAGAUGCGCGCCGUCGUGCUGACCGGGUUCGGGGGCUUCAAGAACGUGAAGAUCCUGAAGAAGCCCGAACCGGCGCCCCAGGCCGGCGAGGUGCUGAUCCGCGUCAAGGCAUGCGGAUUGAAUUUCCAGGACUUGAUGGUCCGACUGGGGGCAAUCGAUUCCCCACCGAAGACUCCCACCAUCCUCGGAUUCGAAUGCGCCGGUGAAAUCGAAGCUGUCGGUGAGGAAGUGGAAGGAUUUAAGGUUGGAGAUCGCGUGGUGGCCCUGCCGGAAUUCCGGGCCUGGUCCGAGCUGGUGGCCGUCCCUACCAAGUACGUCUACCACAUUCCGGAGGAGAUGACAUUCCAGGACGCGGCCGCCAUCGUGAUGAACUAUCUGGUUGCCUACAUUCUCAUCUUCGAUCUCGUAUCGCUUCGUGAGGGCAAGUCCUUGCUGCUGCAUUCCGUCGGCGGUGGAGUGGGUCAAGCCAUCGUGCAGCUGGCUCGCACCGUGCCGAAUGUGACCAUCUUCGGCGUUUGCUCCAAAUCAAAGCAUGAAGCCCUGGCCGCUACUGGCCUUAUCGAUCAUCUAAUCGAUCGCACCGACUAUGUCAACGAAGUGCGGAAGGUUACGACGGAAGGUGUUGACAUCGUUAUGGAUUGCCUGUGCGGAGAGGAAUGCAACCGUGGCUAUGGACUGCUGAAGCCGAUGGGCAAAUACAUCCUGUAUGGUUCCUCGAACGUUGUCACUGGGGAGACGAAGAGUUUCUUCAGUGUUGCCCGUUCGUGGUGGCAGGUGGACAAAGUUUCGCCGAUCAAGCUAUUCGACGAAAACAAGAGUCUGGCCGGAUUCAAUCUGCGCCAUCUGCUGUAUCAGCAGGACGGUGCCGAGUAUGUCCGCUCGACGGUGGACAAGAUCUUCGGCCUGUGGAAGGACGGCAAAGUGAAGCCGGUGGUUGACUCGGCCUGGGCGCUGGAGGAUGUAGCGGAGGCGAUGCAGAAGAUGCACGACCGCAAGAACAUCGGUAAGCUGGUGCUGGAUCCGUCGAUGGAACCGAAGCCAAAACCGGCCACCCCGGCCAAGAGCAAAUCGAAGAAGCAGGCCAGCGAAGACAAGGGUGCCAAGAAGGACAAGGACGAUGACAAGAAGGCGGUCGAGAAUGGUGGCGGUGACGAGAAGAAGGAAGGCGAUGCCGCCGAGGAAGCGAAGGCCAACGGUGAUGCGGAAGAAGCCACCCCGGCCCAGGUGAACGGUGAUGGGGCAGAGAAGAAGGACGAACCAGCUGCUGCCGCCACGAACGGUGACGCAACCGAGAGUGAAAAAAAGGAAUCGAGUUGAACAGCUAGUGACGGUUAAACUUCACACUAGCACGCGCAGCCAAGCACAACAAACAUCAAACACUCCACCUUCCCCACAAAACAUCAGUGAACUAUUUUACUACUUUUACUUCCAUCACACACCAUACCAACCCUCUCUCCCCAGUCCCAUCGUACCGACGCGGCAUAUACGGUGGCGUAAUAUCCAGCAUGGAGCCACGCGAUAGAGAGGAAUGAUUUAGAAAUAUUUUAUUGCAUCGCUGCAGCAAAUCUUCAUCAAAAUUCUUGUACUACAUGUUACACGGGGGCUGAAUCCUUCUUAGAGGACCACAAACCACGAGCAUACACUAUCAUACGCAACGCCUAUCGCAACUAUCGCCUCUCAUUACUCUGCUAUCUGUCGUUACGUAUGCUAGGCAGGAGAAGAAGAUAACACAAGCAUGUAAACAGCAAAAUUACAGUGGAAGCAUAGUAGAACGAGAACAUAUAACAGAACAUAAUCAACAUACGAAAGGCACUACACUAGUGACAACAGGGACGUCGAAUGCGCGCCACAAAGAAAGAGGAGAAAUAAGAUAUUUAGCAGUUUUCAUUCGUCGUCGGAGCUUGUAUGUUUACUUUCGUUGCCUCAAAGCAUAUACAUAUAUAAAUAUAUAUACAUAGCACCUAGCGGAUACGGAAGGAAUAUUCUGAGGCAAGGACAGGGAAGAAUUCAAUAAGUCCAACUGUCUCUGUCGACAUCCUGAACACAGACAACAGAAGAGAAGGAACCGCGCGCAAAGUGAGUGUCAAAUAAGGGGGGCAUACCUGGCCACCAACAUAUUGAUACCAGAUCGACACAGAACACAUCGACCGUUAUAUGCCUCCGUGUAGAGACACAUUUCGUUGCAGGGCAGAAUUUGAUCUCACGCGCCAUCCUUUCCGGUUUUGCUUCGCUCCAAAGUUUCAUUAUGUUCAAGUUAAGCGAAACAAAUAAGAUUUCAACGAAACGCAGUGUACGCGGUAAAGGGGAGUGUCGAUCGAAGAUCCCACUGUCCACCACAUGCACGGCCCUCAUUAGUCCAAAAGCUACGAGUUCAUGGAACACAAAUAUGUAGUAGAUCUUUCGAGAUGAUUGCCGGGGGUCUCUACUCUAUCUGUUUGAAAUAUCUCCCGAUUUAUACCCCCAAGCGGAAAAGGCAUGCACCCACAAAAACGCGCAAAAUAGGAUAAAACAAUCAAUUGGAUAUUUCUUCCCUUUUUUAAUAUGUGUCAUUUUUUAUGUAAUAUUUAAUGCUAAUUGUAAUAUUUCAUAUAUAUGUUUUCUUUUUGUUUCCGCAAACCCAUACUGUGUUGUCGAUAUGAUGAAAGUUUUAGGGAAAUGACGUGUGGAACCUAGUAUAACAACAUCGUGGCCGGCUGUUCCAGUUCAAAGUCGAACGGCAAUAGAGUUGUAGUGUUGUAUGUUCAUGCCUAAGCAAACAUAUACGCCGAGUGGAUUCACAAACUGUUUACGAACGGACGCGCGUUUCUUUUUAUAACAUUAAUUACUGUAGAAAGCGAACGGCGGUAUCCGUGUUAAGACACACGGGAGAGGAAGCGUGCAAAAGCAAACGAGCGCAAAGUAUCCAAAAUUGUCCAAAAAAAGAAUAUGUAAUGUUAGAUUA